UGAUGUGUUCUGGUUGCUAAAGACACGGGCUGCUGCUGCUGCUGAUGCUGCUGCUGGGGCGGAGGGUCCAGGCCAUGCUCGCCUUGCAUCAGAUGAUCAUGCCUUUCUGCAGAGACCCACGUUUUGGAGUCACUGGGAGCAGACACGCUCUGAUUCCAGUGAUCGAGGGCAGAGAUGAGCCCUGCUGUUGAUAAGACUGAAGAGCAAAGGCCCAGCUGGACCUUGACGGGUCCAAAAGAAGAAGUGAUGGCAAAAAGAGAUUACUUGGUGGAGGCGGCCAAGCAGAUCCGCAUGGCACUGGACAGUGAGGUGAAUGAGGACUAUGAGGCAGCUUUCAGUUACUACAAGAACGGCGUGGACCUGCUGCUAAAUGGGGUUCAAUUGGAUCCGAACAAGGAUCGUCGGGAGGCUGUGAAGAGGAAAACAACCCAGUAUUUGAAGAGAGCAGAAGAAAUCUUUAUAACACAUCUACAGGAUAACCUGGGAAAAGGGAGCUCUCAUUUAGGGGGCUACAGCAGUCUGAGGUUCCGUCCAAUCAGACACCUGAGUUCACCGGUGGAGGAUCUGGAGAUGUGUAAGGUUGUGGGUGUGGCUGACAAGGUCCUAAUUGUGCAAAGUAUGGUCAACAAGGAGACAUUUGUGGUAAAGAGCCUGGUUAAGUCUAGCUGGGAGAGCAGGGACCAGCCAACAAUCAUUCCUCAAGGGGUGCCAUACAUGGUAAAGCUGCUAAGAUAUUACGUCAGUGAGGAUGCUGUGUAUCUGCAUUUGGAGCAUGUCAAAGGUGGGAGGCUUUUCUCCAAGCUGCAUAAACUGAGGAACGAGAAGGCCAAGGAACACCCAGAAUGCUUCACUUCUCGCCAUCAUAACACCAAGCUGAAGACCAGCCGGACCUCACCUGCAAUCAGCGCAGACUACCAGCAGAGCAGAAGUGCAGCGGUGAUUCCUGAGAAACUAAACGACGAAAGCCCAGACGCAGACUUCCCUACCUCGUGGGAUGAGACGCAGCAGCGACUGGAGAGCUGCGGGACUCACUCCUACAUCGAGGAGACGGGUUGUCUGCAGAACACACGCUCGGCGGCAUCUUUUUACACCAAGCUUGAUCGGCUCACUCUGCUGUCCGGCCCGACGAGGACACAGGUCAAAACUCACAUCCAUCCACCAGCUCCUAGUUUGUGUUUGCACUCCAGCGAAACUCAGGAAAAGCCAGCUCUUCCUCUCUCCUGCGCUCGUGUCAGUCAAGCUCUCGACGUCAUGUCGGAGCUCCAUAAAAAGAAACCUGGAAUGGGGCUGAUAGAGUGCAGCUCCGAAUUCGAAGUGGCUUGGAAAGCUGCGGAUCCAGUGCACAACUGUGAGAAAACAAACCCCUAUGCACUGACUGACGCUGAUUCAUCCCUAGAACGAACUGCACCUCAUACGAAUCUGGACUCGUUUAUUAAAGCAGGGUCACAAAACGGUGAAAAUGUUUUGAGUUCUAGUCCUGCCAUCUUGCAUCUUCCUCUUCAUUGCCAAACCCAGAUCCAUGGCAGGGCUUCAUGGGAUAUGAAUGGCUCUCCCCAGGGAUCUGUUUUAGGUGUAAACUCAGCAGAAUUAAACACAAAGCAGGAACGCAGCAGUCCCACUGUGGAAGAAAGAAAUGGAAUGGUAGUUAUCAGAAGUACAGACAGAGUAGUAUUUUCUGACCACACAGAUACACAGAUCACCUCGGACAGUUCUUGGCCUUCCUCAGCUUCACUCUGCCUCAGUGUUACAGAAAAAAAGCACAUGUUUUCCAGGGUUCCCUUGGCUUUUUCAGGGCUCAGUAACAAAGGGGAAGCCUGCUCAAGUGAGGCAAAAGAAGGAGUAGAGGAAGCCCGUGAGCUGCUAAGCCCUGGAGAGAAGCGUGCACCUACAACAAAGGGAUCAUCUGUAGGCUGGUUCUCAUCUAGCCCUCAUGAUGCCCCGCCCAACAGGAAGCGAGAGGAUGUGGAUGGUUUUAUAAAACCAGAAAGACCAGAUGGUGAAAGAGAAGACCAGAUCAUAGAGGUGGAUGGCUGGUGCCAUCUGCCUCGGUUCCCUAUCAAGUCACCCGGGGCUGCAGAUAAGGCCAUGCAGACCUGUUGGGGGCUUCCUGAGAAUGAAGUGCGCAUCUGGGGGGCACAGAUCUUGUUGGCCUUGGAGAGUUUGCAUCAGCAAGGCGUCCUGUGUCGGGAUCUUAACCCUAGAAAUGUUCUACUCACUAGCAACGGUAAGGCUAUCAAAUCUAGCAACUGUCAAAGACCACCCAAUUUGUGCCAUGAUGAUCCAUUUGGCAAAAUAAAUCCAUUGGUGAUAACUGAACUCAGCUCAGCUCGAUGUUUGUUGACAGAAAUUGGCGGAGUGUCCCGGAUCACAGAGUCUUGCGAUUGGUGGAGUCUUGGGGCUUUGCUGUUCGAACUUCUUACAGGAAUGCCUUUGUGGCAGCUCCACCCAGCAGGAAUCCACUCCCACACUCAGCUGCUCAUCCCCGACCACCUGAGCACCGCGGCCGCUUCUCUGCUUACCGAGUUGCUCCAGUUCGAUGCUGGUUAUCGCCUUGGCUCUGGAGGUGGGGGUGUAAGUGACAUCAAAUGUCAUCCCUUCUUCAAUGGAGUUUCCUGGAAGGCUCUGAGCUGCUAGCAGGAGAUGAUCCCUGUGUGUUACACUGGACUUGAAACACUGGGCUCAAUCCGAGCAUCCUAAAGUGGCCCUAACAGUUGUAGCACCACAUACUGGUUUCAUUUGAAUUUUGUGCUUCCCAAAGAAAUAUGACAAAAUAAAAACUGAAACAAAAAUGGUGAACUGUCACAUGGACAGUGAAACAACAUGGAUUAUUUUAAACCCUUGAGAUGUAACUUAAUAUAUAUUUGAUGUAAUUUUGAUAGUUUUACAAGUUCAGCGUACACCGUGCAUGAAAACCGAUGCCAACUAAACCUAACAUGUGACAAUUGAAAAAAUUACUAAUUUUGGAUUACUUGAUGUAGAAAAACAAUAAUGAAGAAUGAAUAAAU